AUUUGACGAGCGACACCUACGGGGUCGUGCGGCAAAAACUUUCUCUGUCCGCGGGCGCCACUGCAGCGACACCUGCCGUGUGGCUCCAACACUAUUGGCUCAGUCUGUGCGCCCACGCCGUGCCGCGAACACUGAUCCUACACAUUGUUCAGCGUUCCGAUUGUAGUUGGACCACAUCUGCUGCUAUGCCACGGGCCAAGUCGUCGGCGGGCCGUGCCCCGGCACGCCCCCUGCCAGCGCCACGGACGGACGCGCCGCGACGCGCCACUACGAGACGCUCCGCGGCGGCCGCGGCCGCGUCUGGCGCUGGUGCCACGAGCCGCCGCACGCCCGCUGCUGCGGCGAGGCGACAGGCCGCAGUGAUGGCCACCACUCCGCCCAAUCCAGGGCGGGGCCAUGCUGCUACAACGUCGGCCGCCGCCGCCUCGCCCCCUGACGCCGCGGUCAUCGACCCCGCCGCUCUUCAAACAAUGGUGGGCGACAUGGUCCGGGCCGCCGUCGCCGCCGCUCUACCUGCCAGCGAGCCAUCACCGCCGGCGACGGUCGCCGUGCAGCGCGGUCCGGCACAGCGUCUCCAGGAUGGGCCAGCUGCCCAUCUGACGUCCGCCGACCACGCCUACACGCCGGCUGCCGAACUGCAAGCCGGGCCAAUGGCGCUCCCGGCGGUUCUCUCCGGCGCCCCUCCGACCGCCGCCGGCCCUGCUCCACCUGCGCACCUGCCAGCGGCGCAGUUGCCCGUCGCCGGCCGUCCGCCGGCACCGGUGGAAAAUGCCGCAGGUGACGACCUAGCGGCCCGCGCUGCCGUAUCCCCCGCGGUGGCGGCCCUCAUCGUGUCCCAUCAAUUCAUUGACCUAAACACUCUCCUCAACGACUCUAUCCCCCCGGCAGAACCAGGGCUGUUUUGCCUUAUCGACGGCCGUCUCCGUCCCUCGGUACAGCGCCGCCCAAUCCCGCAUUUCGGCGCCUGGGCCACCGCGUUUCUUCGAUACGCGGCCGUGUACUUGGCUGCCCACCCCGCUGACGCCUCCGGUCUGUUGCGCCACAUGCAACAAGUGUCCUCGCUGCAGGCGCCCGGCCUUGGAUUCGCGUGGCGCGAUUUCGAUGAGGCCUUUCGGCGCGCACGGGGCCUCUGCCCGGAAGCUCACCCAUGGGGCUCCACGGCGGCCACGUCUCCCAUUUGGCUCACCGCAAUCGCUCGCGGAAUCGCCGGUUCUCGGGCCGGGUCUGCAGCCGGUGUAAGCGGCGAGGGUCGGGGCGGCUCUAGCCGGCCGGCCGCCGCGUCUGGCUCUUUUCGCGCGCUCUGCCUCGGCUACAAUCGCGCCGCCGGGUGCCGCCGGUCCCCGUGCCUGUUCCGGCACGAGUGCCGCCUCUGCCGUGGCCCCCAUAGCGUGCUCGCCUGCCCUCGCCGCGCCGCCCCGGCCCUCCCCGGCACCCGCCGCCCCGGCCGCGAAUGA